AUGGCACCAACGGCAGAAGCCCCGAUAUCAUCCUCCUCGUCGUCUUCAUCGGCCACAGCAACAGGCGCCGAUGUCGAGUCACAGCGUACCGCCAGCGACAGGCACUCGUACUUUCGCACUCUGAUUGACCAGGCCGGCAUCACUCAGGCUGUCCUUGACCACAAGUACGCUGGCGAGGGAACAACCGAGUCUCCCUUCCAGGUCGAAUUCAUCCCUAACGAUCAACACGACCCGACGACAUUCUCUCAGUCCCGAAAAUGGUUAAUCACUCUCGUCCAGGCCAUGGCGACUCUCUCUGUAGCCUUUGCCAGUUCGGCCUACUCUGGUGAUGUCACCGGUGUUAUCAGGGAAUUCAAUGUGUCGACAGAAGUCGCCAUUCUCGGUGUUUCCAUGUUCGUCCUGGGCUUUGCCAUUGGACCUCUGAUCUGGGCGCCCCUCUCCGAGCUGUACGGCCGUCAGCGGCUCUUCUUCUUUACCUACAUGGGUUUGACCGCUUUCAAUGCUGGAGCUGCAGGAGCCCCCAACAUUGCAGGCCUGAUCGUGAUGAGAUUCUUCGCUGGCUCAUUUGGUUCAGCUCCCCUGACCAACGCUGGUGGUGUUAUUGCCGAUAUGUUCUCGGCCAAGGAAAGAGGCAUCGCCACAUCCAUCUUUGCGAUGGCACCCUUUUUGGGACCUUCUCUCGGCCCUAUCGCUGGUGGUUUUCUGGGCCAGGCCGCGGGCUGGCGCUGGGUCGAGGGUUUGAUGGCCGCGUUCUGUGGUGCCGUCUGGAUUAUCAGCACUCUGAGCUACCCAGAAACAUAUUCGCCCGUGCUGCUCAAAGUGAGAGCUGCCGCUCUGAGCAAAAAGACCGGAAAGGUAUAUGUCUCGAAGUUGGAAGCUGGCAAGCCGACCAAAACCCUUGGCCAACAGUUUGCGGUCGCAUUGUCGAGACCCUGGGUUCUGCUCUUCAAGGAGCCCAUCGUGUUCCUUACUUCGCUCUAUAUGGCCAUCAUCUACGGCACCAUGUACCUCUGCUUCGCUGCAUUCCCCAUUGUCUAUCAGCAGGGGCGUGGGUGGAAGCCUGGUGUUGGUGGCUUGGCCUUCAUUGGUCUAGCUGUGGGCAUGACCAUCGCUACAGCUGGCAGCAUCCUCGACAACAAGCGUUAUAUCCGUGUAGCCAUUGCUCACGGCGGCGCAGCUCCCCCUGAAGCACGUCUCCCACCCGCCAUCCUCGGCUCGAUCCUCAUUCCCGUGGGAAUGUUCUGGUUCGCCUGGACAAACGGUCCCGAGGUUCACUGGGCCGUAUCCAUUGUCGGCUCAGGAGUAUUCGGUACGGGCAUUGUGCUCGUAUUCCUGUCGCUCAUGACCUACCUAGUCGACUCCUAUGUCAUUUUUGCAGCAUCUGUGCUCGCUGCCAACUCCGUCCUGCGAUCGCUUUUCGGUGCCGUCUUCCCCCUCUUCACAACCUACAUGUACCAGGAUCUUGGAAUCCACUGGGCCAGUUCGAUCCCCGCCUUCCUGGCCGUGGCGUGUGUACCGUUCCCGUUCCUGUUCUGGAAAUACGGUGAUAGGAUUCGCAUGAAGUGCGAGUUUGCUUCCGAGGCGGCAGAGGUCCUCGCGCGCAUGCGCGCGACACAUCAGCCCGUGGAUGAGGAUGAGGCUAUGGAGGAGGUGGUGAGACAUAGGACAAACGCCACAAACGCCUCCGCAGCAUCUCGUCGUUAA